GAUUGCAAUAUAAAAACAAAAGAUUUAUCAUAUUUAUCUGCUAACUAUGCGGCGGUGCUUGCACAUUGCGAAUUUGCGAUACAUGUGAAAGAUGUUUGUUGGCAUCUUAAUCUUAAAUAUUUAUUUUAUCUUAUCUUAAAUAGAUAAGGGCUCUAUCACGAUUUUUUAAGGUCGAUAUCCUGAAAUUAAAUGAUCAAAAGUUGGCUACCCUAGCAAAUUAUCUUGCAGGGCAAUAAUGCUCGGCACGUCGCGAAAGGGACGAAGAAUAUUUAUUCGUUGAGCCGGGAAGUUCUCAUGAGGCUUAUUUACUGGAUUUAGCCCCUUAGAAUUACUAUAUCUAUUCCAAUCGCUUCACCUGGCUGAUAUACGCUUUAAAAACGUGAAAGUAAUCCGAAAAUGCAUCGAUGAUUUCAUCGACUCGAGUCAUUAUUUUUUCGAAAGGGAUUCAUCAGUUGGUCGGAAGAUGGACGAAAAUUGUCGAAAAUGAUGACGAAUAUUUCAAGAAUUAAAAUAUAUUUUUUUCUAUUAAUUAACGUUUAAUUUCUUUUAAAAAGCACUAAAGUUCAAACGAAGAACUUGAACGUGUUGACACCCAUUCUGUUCCUGUCUGUGAUGCAAAAUGGUAAAAGCAAAGAAGUACGUGCUAAUCAAGUAUUUUGAGGGCGAGCCGAAAGCGACAGAUUUGAAAUUUGUAGAAGAGGAACUGCCACCUUUGCAAAAUGAAGAAUUCUUAGUAAAGGCUGAAUAUCUUUCCGUGGACCCAUACAUGAGACCAUACACGCAGAACUUUCCACUUGGAACUACGAUGAUUGGUUCUCAAGUUGCCAGGAUCAUGGAAUCCAAACAUCCAGACUUCCCAGUCGGCAAGAGAGUAAUUGGGUAUUUGGGUUGGAGAGAUUACACGAUUGUUGGACCAAGUAAUUUCUCUAAAGUGUCGCAAAAUACUCUGUUACCUGUUGGACGGAUUGAUAUUUUACCAGACAUAGGUGAUCUGUCGCCGUCUCUUGCCCUAGGCGCGUUGGGAAUGCCAGGCAUUACAGCAUACUUUGGCUUAAUGGAGAUAUGUAAACCGAAACCUGGCGAAACGAUAGUCAUCAGUGGGGCUGCUGGUGCAGUCGGUUCUCACGUAGGCCAGAUUGCCAAGAAUCUAGGCCUCACCGUAAUCGGCAUAUGCGGUUCUGACGAGAAGUGCAAAUGGCUCACCGACGAGUUGGGCUUCGACGUCGCCAUUAAUUACAAGACCAAGUCAAUCGCUAAAAGUCUACGCAAAGCUGCUCCACAAGGGAUCGAUUGCUACUUUGAUAAUGUCGGUGGAGAGACUUCGAGCAUAGUUAUGUACCAGAUGAAGCAGUUCGGUCGAGUAGCUGUGUGCGGUACCAUUUCGAAUUACAAUUAUGACCUCGAACUCUUGCCAAAGUCUACAGAUGUGCUGACUGCAAUACUAAUGCACCGAUUGAAGGUAGAGGGAUUUGUCGUAUCUCAAUGGAUGGAUCGCUGGACCGAGGGAAUUCAACAGAAUCUCCAGUGGAUUCGCGAGGACAAGCUUCGUUAUCGUGAGACCGUAACCAAAGGCUUCGAGAACAUGUUCGACGCGUUUAUUGGCAUGUUGCGUGGAGGGAACAUCGGCAAGGCAAUCGUUCAAGUAUAAGUUUUAAUUGUCGAGCAUUAAAAAAGCGGCUGCAAUCGUUAUAAGUUAUGAGUUAAUAAGUCUUGAAAUAUUCAAUUGCAAAUGUAAUCUGCGAUUUUAUCAAUUUUAAUAUUCACUGUCUAUUUAAACGAAAUAUUAUCAAAAUAUUAUAAUUCUUGUUGUAUCAAUAUUGCAUUUGUAUCGAAAUAUAAGAAUUUGUAUAAUUUACUAUUAAAUAUACAGAUGCCAGACCGGCCCUGAUAGCAUGCAAUAUACUGUAGUAUGUACCUCAUUAUAUAAUAAAAAUUUAUUUUAUAUACAUAUA